AUGUUCAACUUGAUGAAGAAGGACAAAGAGAAGGAUGGGGCCCGAAAGGAGAAGAAGGAAAAGAAGGAGAAGAAGGAGCGGAUGUCGGCAGCUGAGCUCAAGAGCUUGGAGGAGAUGAGCAUGCGCCGGGGCUUCUUCAAUCUCAACCGUGCUUCCAAGCGGGACUCCAAGACCCGCUUGGAGAUCUCCAACCCCAUCCCCAUCAAGGUGGCCAGUGGCUCCGACCUGCAUCUCACAGACAUUGACUCUGACAGCAACCGGGGCAGCAUCAUCUUGGACUCAGGCCACCUGAGCACGGCCAGCUCCAGUGACGACCUCAAGGUGGAUGAUGGCAACUUCAAGGGCUCAGUGCUACAACGGGCAGCCAAGUUUGGCUCAUUGGCCAAGCAGAACUCCCAGAUGAUUGUCAAACGCUUCUCCUUCUCCCAGAAGAGCCGGGAUGAGAGCACCUCGGAGACAUCUACCCCCUCCGAGCACUCGGCAGCCCCCUCCCCACAGGUGGAGGUGCGCAUGCUGGAUACCCAGCUCACCAAGCAAGGAGUCCCCCCCCCAGGACACCCCUGCACCCCUCCCACCACCUCCCUGCGUACCAGGGUGCCAGAGCUAGUCAGCAAGAGGUUCCCAGCCGAGCUGCGGCUGCUGCCCCCUCAGCCCCCCCCCCCGCGGCAGCUGGAGCUGCAGAGGCGCAACACGGGUGAUUUCGGCUUCUCCCUGCGACGCACCACCAUGCUGGACCGGGCGCCCGACGGGCAGGUUUACCGGCGUGUCGUGCACUUCGCUGAGCCCGGAGCCGGCACCAAAGACUUGGCGUUGGGGUUGGUGCCGGGUGACCGGCUGGUGGAGAUCAACGGGCGAAAUGUGGAGAACAAAUCCCGGGAUGAGAUCGUGGAGAUGAUCCGGCAGUCGGGGGAGACGGUGCAACUGAAGGUGCAGCCCAUCCUGGAGCUGAGCGAGCUGAGCCGCUGCUGGCUGCGGGGCGGUCAGGGGACACGCCGCGCUGCCUGGGAUGCCAAGACAGAGGAGCAGAUAGCAGCUGAGGAGGCCUGGUAUGAGACCGAGAAGGUGUGGCUGGUGCACAGGGAUGGCUUCUCCUUGGGCAGCCAGCUGCGGCCAGAGGAGGGCAGCCCCCUGCCUGAAGGCAAGGUGAAGGUGAAGCUGGACCAUGAUGGAGCCAUCCUGGAGGUGGAGGAGGAUGAUGUUGAGAAGGCCAACCCCCCCUCCUGUGACCGGGUGGAGGACCUUGCCAGCCUCCUGUACCUCAACGAGUCCAGCGUCCUGCACACGCUGCGGCAGCGCUAUGGGGGCAACCUGCUGCACACCUACGCCGGCCCCACCAUGGUCAUCGUCAACCCGCUGAGCUCCCCCUCCAUGUACUCUGAGAAGGUCAUGCACAUGUUCAAAGGGUGCCGCAGGGAGGACACGUCCCCGCACAUCUAUGCGGUGGCCCAGGCCGCCUACCGCAGCCUGCUGAUGAGCCGCCAGGGCCAGGCAGUGGUGCUGGGGGGGGCACUGGCCGCCUGCAGCACCGCCCCUGCACCCCACUGCCCCGCUCCUCUUCCCGCAGCUGACAAGUGGCAGGCUCUCUACACCAUCCUGGAGGCUUUUGGCAAUAGCAGCACCGGCAUGAACAGCAACGCCACACGCUUUUCCCAGAUCAUCUCUCUGGACUUCGACCAGGCUGGGCAGGUGGCAUCUGCCUCCAUACAGACGCUGCUGCUGGAGAAGCUGCGUGUGGCCAGGCGCCCGGCUGGUGAGGCCACCUUCAACGUCUUCUACUAUCUUCUGGCCUGCUCUGACAGUGCCCUGAGGACUGAGCUUCACUUCAACCACCUGGCAGAGAACAACGUCUUUGGCAUAGCACCCCUUUCCAAGCCAGAGGACAAGCAGAAGGCAACCCAGCAGUUCAACAAGCUCCAGGCUGCCAUGAAGGUGAUGGGCAUCUCCAGUGAUGAGCAGAAAGCCUUCUGGCUCGUCCUGGGAGCCAUUUAUCAUCUGGGGGCCGCUGGGGCCACCAAAGACGCCGAUGAAGCUGGGAGGAAGCAGUUUGCCCGGCAUGAGUGGGCUCAGAAAGCUGCUUACCUGCUGGGCUGCAGUCUGGAAGAGCUCUCCUCCUCCAUCUUCAAGCAUCAGCCCAAGGGCACCCUGCAGAGAUCCACGUCAUUCCGGCAGGGCCCCGAUGAGUCCCCCCUAGGUGAUGGUGGCACAGGUCCCAAGCUGACAGCACUGGAGUGCCUGGAGGGCAUGGCAUCUGGCUUGUACUCUGAGCUCUUCACCCUCCUCAUCUCCCUCCUCAACAGGGCACUGAAGUCGAGCCAGCACUCGGUGUGCUCAGUGACAGUGGUGGACACCCCUGGGACACAAAACCCUGAGCUGGCAGGGCAGAGCCGGGGGGCCACCUUCGAGGAGCUCUGCCACAACUAUGCCCAGGAGCGCCUGCAGCUCCUCUUCCACCAGCGCACCUUUGCCCGCGAGCUGGAGCGCUACAAGGAGGAGAACAUAGAGCUUGCCCUGGCUGACGCUGAGCCCAGCUCCUCUGGCUCUGUAGCUGCUGUAGACCAGUCCUCACACCAGGCACUGGUCCGGUCACUGGCCCGCACGGACGAGGCGCGGGGGCUGCUGUGGCUGCUGGAGGAGGAGGCGCUGCAGCCGGGCGGCAACGAGGACACCUUGCUGGAGCGGCUCUUCUCCUACUAUGGCCCCCAGGAAGGGGGGAAAAAAGGGCACAACCCGGUGCUCCCCAGUGACAAACCCCGACACUUCCUCCUGGGUCACAGCUCAGGGACCAACUGGGUGGAGUACGAUGCCACAGGCUGGCUCAACUACGUCAAGCACAACCCAGCCUCCCAAAACGCCUCUGUCCUGCUGCAGGAGUCCCAGAAGAAGGUCAUCAGCAGCCUGUUUGCUGGCCGUGGCGGGUCAGCGCUGGUGCUGUCGGGCUCGGUGGCAGGGCUGGAGGGGGGCUCCCAGUUGGCCCUGCGCCGGGCCACCAGCAUGCGCAAGACCUUCACCACUGGCAUGGCUGCCGUCAAGAAGAAAUCCCUCUGCAUCCAGAUCAAGCUGCAAGUGGACGCCCUCAUUGAUAGCAUCAAGAAGUCCAAGCUCCACUUCGUGCACUGCUUCCUGCCCAAGGCGGCGGGGGGCGGCGGGGCCCCGGGGUACCCCGACCACAUGGUGUUUGCUGAGUUCAGGCGACGCUUUGACGUCCUGGCCCCGCACCUGACCAAGAAGCACGGGCGCAACUACAUCGUGGUGGAUGAGAAGCGGGCAGUGGAAGAACUUCUGGAAACGUUGGACCUGGAGAAGAGCAGCUACCACAUGGGCUUGAGCCGGGUAUUUUUCCGGGCUGGAUCUCUGGCCAGGCUGGAGGAGCAGCGGGACGCGCAGACCAGCAGGAACAUCACCCUCUUCCAGGCAGCGUGCAGGGGCUUCCUGGCACGGCAGCAGUUCAAGAAGAGGAAGAUCCAGGAUUUGGCCAUCCGGUGCGUGCAGAAGAAUAUCAAGAAGAACAAGGGGGUGAAGGAUUGGCCCUGGUGGAAGCUCUUCACCACCGUGCGGCCCCUCAUCGAGGUGCAGCUCACCGAGGACCAGAUCCGUGGCAAAGACGAAGAGAUCCAGCAGCUGAAGAGCAAACUUGAGAAAGUGGAGAAGGAGCGUAACGAGCUGCGGCUCAACAGCGACCGUCUGGAGAGCAGGAUCACAGAGCUGACGUCCGAGCUGACAGACGAGCGGAACACGGGCGAGUCAGCCUCCCAGCUGCUGGACGCUGAGACGGCCGAGAGGCUGCGGGCUGAGAAGGAGAUGAAGGACCUGCAGGCCAAGUAUGAUGCUCUGAAGAAGCAGAUGGAGUCAAUGGAGAUGGAGGUGAUGGAGGCUCGGCUCAUCCGGGCAGCCGAGCUUAAUGGGGAGCUUGACGAUGAUGAUUCAGGUGGCGAAUGGCGACUGAAAUAUGAGCGGGCAGUGCGGGAGAUCGACUUCACCAAGAAACGGCUGCAGCAGGAGCUGGAGGACAAGCUGGAGGUGGAGCAGCAGAGCAAGAGGCAGCUGGAGCGGAAGCUGACGGACCUGCAGGCAGACAGCGAGGAGAGCCAGCGGGCGCUGCAGCAGCUGAAGAAGAAGUGCCAGCGCCUGGCUGCCGAGCUGCAGGACACCAAGCUGCACCUCGAGGGGCAGCAGGGGCGCAACCACGACCUGGAGAAGAAGCAGAGGAGGUUUGACAGCGAGCUCUCACAGGCACAUGAGGAGGCACAGCGGGAGAGGCUGCAGCGGGAGAAGCUGAGCCGCGAGAAGGACGUGCUGGUGGCUGAGGUCUUCGGCCUCAAGCAGCUGCUGGAGGACAAGGACUCAGACAUCACGGGGCUGACGCAGAAGAUGGAGGCACUGGAGGCCGAGCUGCAGGACAUCUCCUCCCAGGAGUCGAAGGACGAGGCCUCCCUGGCCAAAGUGAAGAAGCAGCUGCGGGACCUGGAGGCAAAGGUCAAAGACCAGGAGGAGGAACUGGAUGAGCAGGCUGGGACCAUCCAGAUGCUGGAGCAGGCCAAGCUGCGGCUGGAGAUGGAGAUGGAGCGGCUGCGACAGACCCACGCCAAGGAGGUGGAGAGCCGUGACGAGGAGGUGGAGGAGAUUCGGCAGUCGUGCCAGAAGAAGCUGAAGCAAAUGGAAGUGCAGCUGGAGGAGGAGUACGAGGACAAGCAGAAGGUGCUGAGAGAGAAACGUGAGCUGGAGAGCAAGUUAUCUGCCGUCAGCGAGCAGGCCAACCAGAGGGACUUUGAGACGGAAAAGCGCCUGCGCCGGGACCUGAAGAGGACGAAGGCGCUGCUGGCGGACGCACAGAUCAUGCUGGACCACCUGAAGAACAACGCACCCAGCAAGAGGGAGAUUGCCCAGCUCAAGAACCAGCUGGAGGAGUCAGAGUUCACCUGCGCGGCUGCCGUCAAGGCCCGCAAGUCGAUGGAGGUGGAAAUUGAAGACCUUCACCUGCAGAUUGAUGACCUCACCAAGGCCAAGGCAGCACUGGAGGAGCAGCUGAGCCGGCUGCAGCGGGAGAAGAACGAGGUGCAGAGUCGGCUGGAGGAGGACCAGGAGGACAUGAAUGAGCUGAUGAAGAAGCACAAGGCAGCUGUGGCCCAGGCAGCCCGGGACCUGGCACAGAUGAACGACCUCCAGACACAGCUAGAGGAGGUCGGCAAGGAGAAGCAGGAGCUGCAAGAAAAGCUUCAAGGCCUGCAGAGCCAGCUGGAGUUCCUGGAGCAAUCCAUGGUGGACAAGUCCCUUGUGAGCCGGCAAGAGGCCAAGAUACGCGAGCUGGAGUCCAGGCUGGAGUUCGAGCGGACACAAGUCAAGCGCCUGGAGAGCCUGGCCACACGGCUGAAGGAGAACAUGGAGAAGCUGACGGAGGAGCGGGAUCAACGCGCAGCCGCUGAGAACCGGGAGAAGGAGCAGAACAAGCGGCUGCAGCGACAGCUCCGCGACGUCAAAGAGGAGAUGGGCGAGCUGGCCAAGAAGGAGGCAGAGGCCAGCCGCAAGAAGCACGAGUUGGAGAUGGACCUGGAGAGCCUGGAAGCCGCCAACCAGAGCCUGCAGUCAGACCUGAAACUGGCCUUCAAACGCAUCGGGGACCUGCAGGCAGCCAUUGAGGAUGAGAUGGAGAGUGACAGUAACGAGGACCUCAUCAACAGCGAUGGUGACUCAGACGUGGACUCAGAGCUGGAGGAGCGCGUGGAUGGGGUGAAGUCCUGGCUCUCCAAGAACAAAGGCUCCUCCAAAACGCUCUCGGAUGACGGCAGCCUGAAGGGCAGCAGGUUGGUGCAGGGCUGGUGCAGGGACAGGGUGGGCUGUGCCAGGAGGUGGCCAGGGCAUGGGGUAGGCACCCAUGGGAUGAGGCACUCUGGGUGCCAUACUCCUGCCUGGUGCUCACAUGGCCAGCCACGGAAAGGUGAACUCCAGCAAGCAGCUUGGUCUUCAUAGGGGACCCAUGUCCCCC